CUCAUUGUGCGGUGUUUCCGUUGUCGGAAGGGACUUCGAAGUUGAGUCGGGAGGCACCGUGCUGAACACGGUGUGACCACUAGAGACUGAAGUGAUAGUCUUUAUACCGGAAGAUGAUAUGGGAGUAGCAGACUCGGUUGUGGUCGCCGUAGUCGCCGUAGUCGCCGUAGUCGGUGUGAGAAGUGCGGUCGAAGGAGUGCCGCUUAGUGAGGUGUCUGGAGAUAAGUUCAGUAGCUGCGUCGUCAAUGGAGGCUUGGUUGUGCAAAGCCAGAUGCAAAGGGGAUGGAGCGCAUCUUCGGUUCGAGUCCAAACGCGCUACGAAGCUUUCGUAUACACUUUGACGUUGGCCCCCGGGCGCUCAAUUGUCCGGAUACUUUUGACAACAUGUAUCUUAAUCGAAAGCACAUUCAGCCUGGUGGUGGAGGGAAAAUGGCAAGAUUGCGACGCCUGUGUAACUCUGGGAGGCUAGUGGGACGUACCAGUACGCGGUGUGCGAUCUUU